AUGGCUCUCCGCGAAGCAGCUAUGUCUUGCUCAUUCAAUGGGUAUUUGUGCCUACCUUCUCUGCAUAGCCGGGCUACCAUGACAGCCACUCGCUCAAGGUCGCUGCGCAGGCCUUCGGGCAAAACUGGGAGCUGUGUUAUACAGAGCCUGCCUAGAACACGGCAUCUCUCAUCCAGGAUUGACAUUUGGUCCUGCGAGCUUACACCCCGGCCUUCACAGGCCAGCGACUCGAUACAUUGCUACCAGACCUCUCCAUAUACUGGUCGCCAGAUUGCCACUUCUCAUAGUCGCAACCUUUCACAUUAUCUAGCUUCAGAACAAAAAAGAUGUUAUAGCUCGAGUACAGUUCCGCGACCGAUGAUUGAGCAUAUAAUCGACAGUAAAGAUGUCGGAGAAAUCCAGACCCCAGAAACUCCAGUAUUACUAGCCAAAUCACACACCCUGGCUUCAAGCAACAAUGACAUAGACGAGCUUGCCCCGGAAAGCCACCCUCCAACAGAAGAGACAAAACCAGUCCUCUCACCAGCCGAGGACUCCCCAACACCCAAGUUCUGGAGCCACACCAUGCUCAAAAGCCCUGAAGGCAAAAACAUUAUCGUGCAUUACUGCAAGACACUCAAAAGCAGCGAAGAAGUUGCGCAACUCUUCCUAAAUGACAAAAUUCUCGGCUUCGACAUGGAAUGGAAAGCCCAGGCCUCCGCCUGGAACAGCAUCCAAGACAACGUAUCUCUAAUCCAAAUCGCAAACAGAGAGCGAAUCGCUCUCUUCCACGUUGCCCUUUUCAGACCAGGCAGAAAGAUCAGCGACCUCGUCCCUCCAUCGUUGAAACAAAUCAUCGAAUCCCCAGACAUCACAAAGCUCGGUGUAUCAAUCAAAGCAGACUGCACGCGUCUCCGCAAGUACCUCAAGGUCGAUGCGCACGGGAUCUUCGAGCUCAGCCACCUCCAUAAGCUGGUAAAAUACUGCCAGACUAACCCGAAACUCAUCAACAAGCGCCCUGUCAACCUGAGUGAGCAGGUGGAGGAACAUCUGGGGCUCCCGUUGGAGAAGGCGGAAGAUGUGAGGUGCAGUGAUUGGACGGUAUCUUUGAGUUAUCGUCAGGUCCAAUAUGCUGCAUCCGAUUCUUACGCUUGUAUCUGCUUGUUUGAUACUAUGGAUGCGAAACGAAAGGCUCUCGACCCUCGACCUCCUUUGCCUGCUCAUGCGGAUUUGGAUCUGCCGAUUCGUAUUGUGCGAGAGCCGACCGUGACGACGGUCCCGGAUGAUGUCGAGGUGGUCAAGCCUUAG